AUGAUUUUGCUACUUACACAACUCAACAUCAACAGCUACUGGUCCUUUGUCCUCUUACGAUUCACCGAGAUGAUGAUGGUUCUUUUGCUUCUUUUCGCUCAUGUUUUUCCACUCCGCCGAUAUCCGAUUGAAAAACGCGUCGUUCCAGUGUUCCCAAACCUGGCUCAAAUUUUGAAUGGUGAAGAUCUUGAUGAGCUUCAGCUUCAAUUUGCUGAUCUUUAG